CCCGGAAGUGGCGCAUGUAGCUUUGUGAAGGACCAAGACGGACGGCUGAUGGAGACAUUUUAAAAUAAACACACAGCUAACUGCUAACGGCUAACGGGGCUCGCAAAGGUGCGAGCGCACUGCGCCAAAACACGUUCAAAUUCUUCCAAGUUGUAAAGAAGUAACAUAUAAUUAGCGGUAAAUUGUUUAUGCAUUGUAAAUCAAAGAGGCUAGAGAUAACCGAAGAUGUUAAAAAGUCUAACACUGGGAAAAGAAGAAUAUAACUAACGCCAAGCAGGUGAGCUCCUGUCCAGGCACAUUGGUCCAUGUUUGAUGGACCUUUGGGCUCUGGCUUCAACUAGCAUGAAGAUGGCUGACUCAGACAAGGCAGAAGAAUUUGUGGAUGCCGAGUGCCCCCCAGAGUGCCUUGAUGAAGCACAAUCAGCCACAAGCUCUGUCCAGGGAGAGCAGGAUGAGCAUCUGAAAACGGAGCCCACCACCAGUACCAGCUCACCACCAAAGGAGGCAGACAGCCCCUUGAAUACAGAGGGCGAGCAGAGUCUCCUCUCCAUGCCAUGCCUGAUGAAGGAGCUCCGCCGAGACUCCCCAGAGUCUCAGCAUGCCUCUACAGGAAGUGACAAGCCAGUAUCUUGUCAUGUGUAUGAGAGUGACUCCUCAAAUCCCUGCAUGCUCUCCCCCUCAUCUAGUGGCCACCUUGCUGACUCAGACACACUCUCCUCAGGGGAUGAAGGUGCUGCUCCUCCCAAGGGAAAAGAUGGAGAGGGCGUCAUGGACGCUGCAAAUGAUCCUGGCCAGGCAGUAGGAAGGCAAUCGUCUGCAACAGCUACAGGGGGGAGGAAGUCUCGGCGGUCGCGUUCAGAGAGCGAGAUGCCGCCUAAUGCAAUGGCUGCAAAGAAAAACCGCUGCCAGCCCACCUUGGUAGCAGCAGGAGGGCAGGAAAAACAAAGCAAUGGCAAGCUGGCAAAAGUUAAAGGUCACCGGAGCCAGAAACACAAGGAGCGAAUACGUUUGCUAAGGCAAAAACGGGAAGCAGCAGCACGGAAGAAGUAUAACCUGCUGCAGGACAGCAGUACAAGUGACAGCGAGCUCACGUGUGACUCCAGCACCAGCUCCUCUGAGGACGAGGAUGAUGACACCUCAGGAGGUAGCAAGACAAUCAAGACAGAUAUUUCAGACGGGCUUCCAGUAGUGGGUCACUAUGAUAUUUCAGACACUGAUUCUAACCAGGAGAGUAUGAGUGUGGAGACAGUCCGGCCCACGGUGAUUAAGCAUGAGCUAAAAACACACAGAGGCCAGGAUAUGGCAGCUCACUCUGGGUGUAUAAAAGCUCUGUGCUCUAUCUCAGGCCACGUGGAGGCAGAGCUGUCGCACAAGGAAAGUUCUCAAUACAACAACAAGGGCCAGAUUAACAUCGCUUCCUCUGACAGUGAGGUGGAAAUAGUCGGCGUGCAAGAGAAAGCACGAUUCACCCACCCAUGCGGAGGGGUGAUAAAGAGUCUGUCCACCUGGAAGGAGAAAUCAGUGGAGCCGUUAAACAGCACAAUUCAACCACAGCUCUGGACUACUGUUUCCCCUCAGCCCAACUGGGUGUCCCCUCCAGAAGUGGUGGACCUCACACUGGAUGAGGACGCCGGACACAAAUACCUACUUUAAACAACAUGUACACUGAAGACUUCUUAUUUCUCCCUCUGCCUCCUCCUCAUCCCUCUUGUCUUGCCUCCAUGUUACAACUGAAAUCCCUCCUAUAGUUGCGGCCUCGCCUGUAACCGCUCGUGGACUCUUCCCGCUCCAGAGCACCGUUUGUUUUUAACUUACAUUUCAACAAUCAUGUAUCAAAGCCAUUAUACUGACGUGAUUCCCUGAUCUUGGCUUGUCAGCGCUGAAUUCAGUUGUAAUAAAAUGGCACAGUGCAGGUGGAAAUUUACGUAAGAGUGAUUUAUCUGUUAAUGAUAGCAAUAUCCUACCUUUUAUUUAAUACCUCAGUUACCCCUUGAUAACAGGUGGAGGAUGUCACUUUGUGUUGUGUGCUUGAUAAAUGUAUAGUGAAAACAUCAGGUGCUGCUUGAUAGCAGGUCAGUAUCACAACACAGCUGUUGACCUGCUUCAAUACAGACUUUGAAUGGCAUAUUUUUUUUAGAUUUGGCAUUUUUAUCUGCAGUCACUUGUGGUCCAGGCAGCUGGUACACUUUCUGUUGUACAGUGGACCACAACGUUGGCUUUGUACCUGCCUAGGGUCAAUUUUGUUUUCAAAAGUCUCACCACUGGUUUCACAUUUAAUUCAGUCUGCAUUGAUGGCUUUGUUUCACUAUACUUUGUCCAGCAUACGUAUAGCCUAAUGCUCUUAUGCUGUCUGGCAGGGUUUUGGUUUAUCUUAGGGGAACAGUUUGACAUUUUGGGAAAUAACUAUUCACUCUUUUGCAGAGAGUUUGACAAGAAGAUUGAUUGCAGCCCGUUAUCUUAGCAGGACUAUGAACAGGUGGAAACGACUAACUUGGCUCAGUCUACAGGUAACAAAAUCAUCUGACCAACACCUCUAAAUCUUAAUGAUUAAUUAUAAUUGUUUCAAUUGUUUAGGACACAAUAAAAAAAAAAAAACCUAAGUGGGGAAACAACAAUUCACUGUUUUAGGGUGUUCUUAUGCCAGACUAUUUUUGGCCUAGAAAUAGUUAAAAGCUAUCUUAGCUGUGACUUCACUUACGUGUUUGUGCUAAACUAAGCCGACCCGCUGCUAGCUCUAGUUUCAUAGAUAAACAUGAGCGUGGUAUCGAUCUUCUCAUCUAGCAUAUUUCCCAAAAUGUCUGAUUUAAAUCAAGAGCUUUUGUUUCAGAAAUACUACCAUAUUCCUGUACGUUUUUCAUGAAAACAAACAGAAAACCACUGGUUAAACUCAGACUCUGAAAGAAAUAUACAAACGCAAACACAUUGACUCAUUUCCACCACAGCUCUAUGUGGUGGGGGUGUAUUGGCAAUAGAAAUUCUGUCUUAUGUUUCAAAAGCCACAGAGUCUGCUGUGUUGCUAUAGAGUCAGAGUGUCCCAGGUGACGUAGUUUUCAGUGAAUGUAUAACCCUGGAGUGCUGACCGGGUGCACUUAUUGUUUGCAUGCUUAUCCUGAAUGGAUGCAAACACCUUUAAACCUCCGGGAACCCCUUUAUAACAACUAAGGAAAUGUAUCUUCCAAUGAAUACUGCAAAGCAAGAUGGCCUGAAUGCCUUGAAAUGUGCACUAUUUUCUUUUAGAAUCGUAUAAAGCUUAUUAUUUUAACCUUUCAAAGCAGCGGAUUUUGCUAUCUCAACAAUAAAUAUUUUAAUAAUAGAUGUGAAUUUAGCACACUAAAAACAAAAAGUAUGUGGUUUUAAGUUUGUACCCAGGUGUUGGGGGUGUUUAUAGAAACUGUUUAUACCCUGAUCCUCAGGGCUCGCUUGCUCUCUCUUUUCCUGUGGUCUUAUUUUUGUCUCACAGUGCUGCAGCCACACUGGUAAAUUUGUAUCAAUGAUCCAAUUCCACCCACUGUUUCAACACUUGAGAUUUAAUUUAUUUCAUAUUAAAUAGCAUCUACUUUCCUAAGUGAUACUUGAGUAUUCUAUAAUAAAAUUAUUUAACUUCUGCUGGUCACAGAAGGGAAGGGAAAAUCGUAAUUAUAAGGAACUAAACCAAAGUUUAAAUGGAAUUCAAGUUUCAGUUUGAUACAGUUUGUUUCCUUUCUGGAUUGGAAAUCUGCUUCCAUUUUGUUUUAAAUUUGCUAUUAGUCAAAAUAUUUUCACAUGGAAGUCAGUGCAUGUGUUGUACAAUGAGGUAACGUUUAUUCUGUUUCAAACUCAAGAUACAGUGUAGUCUAAUGUUUUUGUUUUCCUUUGGCCAGUUCUUUCCACUAAAUACAGCUACCACUGCAAUGACACUUCUUUUACCAGGCCGCUUCUGCUUGCAAAAUCCAUUUUUGUUAUUGUUCCUUAGGAUUAUUAUGAAAUGUUAGUAAGAAUGUCUUUUAGUGAUAGAGGUUUGUUACAAAAUUAGGGCGGGUAUGCUUGACAAUGGUUGCACAAAGCAUGUUUGGUCACAUCUUUAACCUCAAGUGAGAUAUAAUCCUCAUUAUCCGUAAUUUACCUUUGCUCUUCUGUUUUUAUUGUUUUAUUUUACUGUCAGUAUUUUUAAAUUAACAAAACUAUUGGUUAUUGUGUUGCUUCUGCAAGUCCUUGACUUCCUUGAAAUUAUGUCUGUAGAACAACAAGAAACUAUUUUAAAAUUAAAUAAAUAGAGCGUUAUUUAAUGA